AUGUUUUCAAGGGCCAUUGCUUUAAGGCUCAGGGCUUUCACAGAGUCUUGGAGACGCUCUGAAUUACGUCAAUUACAGAAACAUCAUUUUAGAGGGAAUAUUGCGUGGUCACCCAAGCGAGAAAUUGCUUAUAAAUCUUCAUUUCACAAAUUUAUUACAAGUGUGAUGAAAAGCGUUCUUCACACGUCAUUGAUGCUGGUCGACAUUGCGUUGCGUGCAGUAAAGCGUAAAAUUUAUCAAUUAAAGUCUUUGAUGGUGGAAUUAUGGAGAAGAAGCAACACGACGAAACAAACGACCAAUAGUCACCCAAAUGACAUUGAAAAUUAA